AUGGAGAUCUGCCUGUUCAUCCUCCCUCUCUCAUGCCUGCUUCUGCUCACCACAGCCAAUCAUCGAGAGGUCAGACUGGUCCAAGGUGCACACCAGUGCUCUGGGAGAGUAGAGAUGAAGCAUGGAGAUACCUGGGGCACAGUGUGUGAUGCUGACUUUGACCUGCAGGAUGCAGAGGUUGUGUGUCGGCAACUGGGCUGUGGGAUCCCUGUGGAGGUGCUGGGGGGGGCUGUGUUUGGGAAGGGGGGUGACCAGGUGUGGAGAGAGGAGAUCCAGUGUAGAGGGAAUGAAUCUCAUAUUUCCUUCUGCCCAAAAUCACCCUCAAAGACAGAGAACUGCUCCCAUGGGAAUGAUGUGGGACUGGUGUGUUCAGGGUACACAGACUCCAGGCUGGUGGGCGGCCCUGACUCCUGCUCCGGGAGGGUGGAGCUGCAGUACCUCAGUGAGUGGGGGACAGUGUGUGAUGCAUCCUGGGAUAUGAGAGCAGCCAGUGUCCUCUGUCGGCAGCUGCAGUGUGGGGGCGCUGUGGCAGUGCUAGGACAGGCCUGGUUUGGAGAGGGGAGGGGCCGCAUCUGGGCUGAUGUGUUUGAGUGCCAGGGGAAUGAGACACACCUCUCCCAGUGUGCUGUGUCCUCAUGGAGUCGAGCUGCAUGCUCUCAUGGACGGGAUGCAGGACUCAUCUGUGAGGGGUCUAAAUCUCUCUCAGCCCUCAAUGGGACAGUACGACUGUCUGGAGAGAGUGGCUGUGAGGGUCAGGUGGAGGUUUACUACCAGCUGACCUGGAGCAGAGUUCUCAUGGACUCCUGGAGCUUCAGGGAGGCCUCUGUGGUCUGCAGGCAGCUGGGCUGUGGCUCUGCAGUGAGGCUGUACAGUUCCUCCUUUCUGUCUGGGACAGGGGACAGUGAUGUGUGUCUCACAGGGUAUCAGUGCUCUGGGAAUGAAUCUCACCUGUUGAACUGCAGUGAUCCACAGAGACUGAGCUGCAGCUCUGAGCCACAGGUGUCCAUAGAGUGUUCCAGUGAGUAUAAAGAAUAGCACAGGUCCAUCAGGCUGGUGGGUGAUGCCGGGGGCUGUGCAGGGAGGCUGGAGGUGCUCCACCAGGGCUCCUGGGGGACAGUGUGUGGAGACUCCUGGGACCUGAAGGAUGCUGAGGUGGUCUGCAGACAGCUCCAGUGUGGGACGGCUCUCCGUGACCCAGUGCCCACCUUCUUUGGACCAGGAACUGGACCCAUCUGGCUGGAUGAGGUGGACUGUGAGGGGAAUGAGACGUCUCUGUGGGACUGUCCUUCAGCACCGAGGGGACAGAAUGACUGUGUCCAUAAAGAGGACGUAGGAGUUGUGUGUUCAGAAUAUACAGAGAUCAGACUGGCUGAAGGCUGCUCUGGGCAGUUGGAGGUUUUCUAUAAUGGCACCUGGGGAAAUGUGUGCUUCAAUCAAAUGGACACAAUCACAGUCAGUCUGAUAUGUCAACAUCUCAACUGUGGGAAGAAUGUGACUGUUUCUAACUCAUGGUCUCGGCUGAAAGGAGCCCCGAACUGGCUUGAUAACCUGAAAUGUCGCCCACAUGACUCCACACUGUGGCAGUGCCCGUCCUCUAACUGGGGAGAGAGUAACUGUAAUGAUGACAAAGUGGCUCAGAUCACCUGUGAAUAUAGUGACGUCAGGCUGGUGGGUGGCGGCAGUCCCUGUGCUGGGAGAGUGGAGGUUCUUCAUCAAGGACAGUGGGGCACAGUUUGUGGUCGUGGCUGGGAUAUGAAGGAUGCCGCAGUGGUGUGUAGGCAGAUGUUCUGUGGAGAUGCUGUAGCAGCACCACAGUAUGGUCACUUUGGAGCAGGAACAGGGAGCAUCUGGAUGGACGAUGUGGCCUGUGGUGGGUCAGAGUCGACACUGAAGGUCUGCGGACACAGAGGAUGGGGACGUCAUGACUGUGGUCAUCAAGAUGAUGGUGGAGUUGUCUGCUCAGAUCAUCGAGAGGUCAGACUGGUCCAAGGUGCACACCAGUGCUCUGGGAGAGUAGAGAUGAAGCAUGGAGAUACCUGGGGCACAGUGUGUGAUGCUGACUUUGACCUGCAGGAUGCUGAGGUUGUGUGUCGGCAGCUGGGCUGUGGGAUCCCUGUGGAGGUGCUGGGGGGGGCUGUGUUUGGGAAGGGGGGUGACCAGGUGUGGAGAGAGGAGAUCCAGUGUAGAGGGAAUGAAUCUCAUAUUUACUUCUGCCUAAAAUCACCUUCAAAGACAGAGAACUGCUCCCAUGAUAAUGAUGUAGGACUGGUGUGUUCAGGGUACACAGACUCCAGGCUGGUGGGCGGCCCUGACUCCUGCUCCGGGAGGGUGGAGUUGCAGUACCUCAGUGAGUGGGGGACAGUGUGUGAUGCAUCCUGGGAUAUGAGAGCAGCCAGUGUCCUCUGUCGGCAGCUGCAGUGUGGGGGCACUGUGGCAGUGCUAGGACAGGCCUGGUUUGGAGAGGGGAGGGGCCGCAUCUGGGCUGAUGUGUUUGAGUGCCAGGGGAAUGAGACACACCUCUCCCAGUGUGCUGUGUCCUCAUGGAGUCGAGCUGCAUGCUCUCAUGGACGGGAUGCAGGACUCAUCUGUGAGGGGUCUAAAUCUCUCUCAGCUCUCAAUGGGACAGUAAGACUGUCUGGAGAGAGUGGCUGUGAGGGUCAGGUGGAGGUUUACUAUCAGCUGACCUGGAGCAGAGUUCUCAUGGACUCCUGGAGCUUCAGGGAGGCCUCUGUGGUCUGCAGGCAGCUGGGUUGUGGAUCUGCAGUGAGGCUGUACGACUCCUCCCUGUCUGGGACAGGGGACAGUGAUGCGUGUCUGACAGGGUAUCAGUGCUCUGGGAGUGAAUCUCACCUGUUGAACUGCAGUGAUCCACAGAGACUGAGCUGCAGCUCUGAGCCACAGGUGUCCAUAGAGUGUUCCAAGCACAGGUCCAUCAGGCUGGUGGGUGAUGCCGGGGGCUGUGCAGGGAGGCUGGAGGUGCUCCACCAGGGCUCCUGGGGGACAGUGUGUGGAGACUCCUGGGACCUGAAAGAUGCUGAGGUGGUCUGCAGACAGCUCCAGUGUGGGACGGCUCUCCGUGACCCAGUGCCCACCUUCUUUGGACCAGGAACUGGACCCAUCUGGCUGGAUGAGGUGGACUGUGAGGGGAAUGAGACGUCUCUGUGGGACUGUCCUUCAGCACCGACGGGACAGAAUGACUGUGUCCAUAAAAAGGACGUAGGAGUUGUGUGUUCAGGUCACCCCCCCAUGAGACUGCAGGGUGGCAGUACUGAGUGCUCAGGGAGGGUGGAGCUGUGGCAUGACGACUCCUGGGGGACGGUCUGUGACGACUCCUGGGACCUGAGAGAUGCCCAGGUGGUCUGCAGACGUUUGGGCUGUGGGACAGCACUGGAGGCUCAUGGGAACUCUGCCUUUGGACGAGGAACUGGCACCAUUUGGCUGAAUGAGGUGAACUGCAGGGGUGAUGAGCUCCACCUGUGGGACUGUCCUCACUCUCUUCAGGAGCAGAGGAGCUGCAGCCACAAGGAGGAUGCUGGUGUUACCUGUGCAGGUUCAUCGCUGCUUAAGGCCACUACAGAGUUUCCUUCAAGAUCCACUACAACAAGAAAAGUUCCUCCUACAGUUGUACCCCCUUCCAUUCCUUUUGUGGUCUUCCUGGUACUGGGAGCUCUUCUCUUCCUGCUGCUGGUGAUAACAGCUGUCCAGUUGUACCAGAACAGACUGCUGAAGAGAGCUCUGUACCAGGAGGGUCUCACCCCUCUGCACGAUGCCAUUUAUGAGGAGAUAGAGUACAAUCUGACCCGGGGGGAGACCUACAGAGCCCCUCGCAAGGGAAGUGUCCUCUCUGAGGAGCUGCCCUCUGGGUAUGAAGAUGUGGAGGACAGUAAAGGAGACCCUCUCUCAGAGGAAUCAGAGAGAGAAGUGAAGGACGGUGAUGAUGAUGCUGUCAUUACAGGAAAGAUUGCUGAUCAUCUAUCAGGGGAUCUGGUGAUAAAAGACACACCAGCAGACUAUGAUGAUGCUGGUUCUGUUGGACGGGACUCAGGACAUUUCUUUGGUUCAGGGUUGAUGGUGACAGGAGACACAGCAGAGGACUAUGAUGAUGUUGAGGGUAUAGAGCAGAGCCCACAUGUUUUACCAGGUGAGAGAGCUUUGACCACACUGCCCCCUGGGGAGGGCCCCCCUGAACCUGACCAGACUGACUAUGAUGAUGUGGGGGAGGAGGGACUGACAGUUCUGCCUGAGGAAGCUCCUGUCCAAAGGUUCAUGAAGAUGUUCUUCAAAUGAGCUUCAUGACAGCAGCAUCUACCACAUUAACAUUGCGAUUCCCCAUUUUAUGGAUUUUCAAGGUCUUAAGAUAUUUAUUUAAGAUAAAGGCAAUUUAAUAAUAUGCUCUUAUAUAUUAAAAACAACUUUUGUCCACCUGUAAAAUAUAUCUUCCAAAUGGUUACUGCCUGCAAUAUUUAUUAAGCCACAUUAAUAUUUAUCUCUAGCACUUACAACAUCAUUACACCAUUUACACAUUUUGUAUUUUUGCCUGAUUUUUAAAGCCUUAAAUACCUGUAAUCCUUAUCAGAAGUAGUUUUGGUUACCUGAUUAAUGUCCUGUGUUCACUAUGCUAGUCAGACAUUUGCAUUUAUUUUAUUUAGCAGGGACUUUUCUCCAAAGCGAUGUUCCAGUGAGACAAAUAGCACAUCUGUAAUGAACAGCUGUCAAGGAUUUGAUUGGGCAGCUAGACUGUAUUUCCAGUGAAUGUCCAAGUUCACGUGUAAGCAGUAUUGGUGCAAAACCAAGAGCUAGACAACGUCUUACAAUCAAAGCAAGAACCUAAUAUGUCCACUAUACAAAUCAGCAGAAAGUGCAGCUUUAGAAGGAUCCAGAAAACAUCAUUCAUUACUUGUUAUGAGCCUGAGGAUCCACUAACAUUAGCAGAGCAUCAGUUUCUCCAUCCAUGCAAAGACCCUGUUUGGAUGGAGAUGUACUGCCACUGGCUCACAGGCUGUUAGAUCAUUGCUGUUCUUAAAUUCACACCCUCCUCUGUUCAGUCUCUGAAUUUGUAUUGCUGCAAUUUUUAGGGAUGGGAAAUGGAAAUACGGGACAAAUCACAUAUUUUUCACAGAGUGGGAACCCCUACCACAGUCC